UGCGCGACCACCUGGACAGCCUGUCGCUCAGCGACGCUCGCGCCCCCGCCGCCAGCAGCCGCAUCGCCGUGGACGCGGGCGGGCACGGGCCCGCGCCGCCGCCGCCCGGCUGGAUCCGUGGCGCCCCGUGCGCCCUGGACGAGGCCGGGCGUGCGCACAGCGUGCGCGUCCUGUCGGACGACGUCGAGCUGCCGUUCGCGCCGAUGGGCCCCCAGCUCGAGGUCAUCGAGCGAGCGCUGCGGGCUUGUGAGAGCAGGAGCGUGGCGCUUCUGGAGUCCCCCACCGGCACCGGCAAGAGCAUCGCACUGCUCACGGCGGCCCUCGCGUACCAGCGCCGCUGCUUCGCAAGCCGCGGCGCGGCGCCGCAGAUCGUCUACGGUGUGCGGACCCACGCGCAGCUCGCCCAGAUGGUCCGCGAGCUCCGCAAGAUGCCGUACCGUCCGCGCAUGGCGGUGAUCGGCAGCCGCGACCAGCUCUGCACAAACCUGGACGUGCGUGCGGCGGCACAGCGGCAGCGGCUGCCGCUCAACCUCGCGUGCCGCCAGGCGGCGCGCGCGACGUUCGCGAGCCCAGGGCUCCAGCGGCGGGGCGGCCCCUUGGAGGAAUGCGCGUGCACGCAGUACGCGCGCCUGGGCGACGCUGCGCACGCCAGGCGCGUGCACCAGCAGUGUGGGCGCCAGGGCGCUCUGUGGGACGUGGAGGACCUGGUCAAGGCAAGCCAGGGCACCGUCGACGGGGGCGGCUGCCCGUACUACACCGCGCACGUGCUUGCUGGCAAUGCCGAGAUCAUCUUCUGCCCGCACAACUACGUGAUGGACCCGGCGGUGUCCAAGUGCAAGUCCCACCACCGCGAGCGCUGGUCGCUGAAGGACAGGGUGGUCAUCAUGGACGAGGCCCACAACCUGGAGCAGGGGUGCCGAGAGGCCGGGAGCGUGAAGGUCUCGUUCGUGGAGCUGCGCCAGCUCGCCAGGCCCCGGCGGGUCGCGCCCCGGGGAGCGGCACCCGCGCCUGAAGGUGAGCUCCGGGGACCGCGAGCUCUCCUGCCGCGAGGCGUGUGCCGCGCUGCAGCGCCUGCCGCUGUGCCUCCUCGCCCUCCUCGAGGCGCCGGACGCCCCUGGCGGCGCCUCGGCCGCGGGGGCGGAGCCGCUCGCGGGCCUGAGCCGCGUGUGGGGCCUCCCGGGGCACCCGCCUCGUGCCUCCUCCGACCCUCGGACUUCCUCGCCACGGCGGGCCUGGCCGAGUGGGGCGUCCUUGGGCGCGCCGUCGAGGAGCUCGGCGUGGAGCUGGCCGACCGGCUGCUGCGGGCCCAGGGCCAGGGGGAGGGCGAGGGCGAGGACGCGGCGCUGCUGGGCGCGCUGGGCCGGCUGCUGGAGCUGCAGGCCAAGCUGGGGCUGGCGGCUCAGCACCACGGCUCCUACGUGGUGGGCAUCGGCUCCGAGCCCGGAGGGCGCUCCUUUGCCGCGUGGCUGAUGUCGCCGGGAGUCAUCUCCGGCGACCCAAGUGAGGCCCACGCGGUUCUGCUCGCCUCCGGCACCCUCGCGCCCCUGCGGGCCCUCAGCGCGGAGCUGGCCGCCUCCGCGGCCUUCCGCGGCCGGGCGCUGCCGGAGGGGCCGCUGCAGGCCCCGCACGUGAUCGGGCGGGCGCAGCUGCUUGUGUCUGUGCUCCCCCGCUUCUUAGGGAGCGGCCGUCCUGCCAUGAGCACCUUCGAGAACUGGCGGCGCGAGUCCUACCUGGCAGACAUGGGCUCCACGAUCGCGUCGCUAGCGGAGGAGAUCCCCGCGGGCGUCCUCUGCUUUUUCCCGUCCUACGCGGUGAUCGAGGCGUGCGUCUGCGCGUGGCGCUCGAGCGCCUGCGGGAUCUGGGCACGCCUUGAGCGGUGCAAGGGCGCGGUCGUUGUGGAGCCCCGCGGCUCCGACCAGCUCGCCGCCGUGCGCGCGGCGUACACCGCCGCCGCGCGGAGCCCGCGCGGCGCCCUGUGCCUGUCCGUUUACCGCGGCAAGAUGAGCGAGGGACUGAGCUUCGACGAUGACCUGUGCCGUGGCAUCGUCUGCGCUGGCGUCCCGUACCCGCAGAGCACGGACCCGCUGGUGAUCGCGAAGCGGCGGUGGAACGACGCGAGGCGCCAGCUCGGCGACACGGCGGGGCUCUCGGGAGAGGAGUGGUACUCGCUGCAGGCCUACCGGGCCGUGAACCAGGCCGUGGGGCGGUGCAUACGGCAUCGCGCGGACUACGGCGCCGUGGUGCUGUUGGAUGCGCGCUGGGCUGGCCGCGGAGAGCACGCGCGCGGGCUCCGCCGCCACCUCGCAGGUUGGCUGCAGCCCUUCGUCGAGGAGCCGUCCCCAGCGGCCUCCCCCGGUGCCGGCCUGGGCGCGAGGCUGCGGGGCGCCGCGGGCGACUGGGCUCUCGCAAGGGGCCCCGAGGUGCAGGUGGCCGGGGGCGCCGCAUUCCGGGCGGCGUUCCAGCCGCACGCGCGAGGCACCCGGCUGGGCCAGGCGCUGCGCGCUGCGGAGGCCCCCGGCGGGCGCUGCAAGCGCCCGAGGACCGGAGAGGAGCAGCAGCACCGGCCGCUGCUGCCGGUCCUGGGCGGGGCCACGCAGUCCACCCUAGGCGGGGCAACGCCGUCCCAGUGA